AUGCAUGCAACCAUCAAGGUGCUGUACAAGCAGGGUGACCGGUCCGACUGUAACAACUACAGGGGGGUUUCGCUGCUAUCUCACGUCGGCAAGGUCCCCAUCAAGAUCAUCACCAACCGUCUAAGCGCCUUCUGCGAAGCCAACAACAUCCUCCCGGAGGAACAGUGCGGAUUGCGACCCGGGCGAUCCACCGUCGACAUGCUGUCGACGGUUGGUCGUGCUUCGUCGACUUGA